AUGGCGGAGAUCGCACAGGCUCCAGCAGAAAUUCAAGCUCGGCAGAUCACAUAUUGUGGAGUUUGUACAUUACCCCCAGAGUAUUGCGAAUUUGGCGGGACGGCAAAGAAAUGUCAAGAUUGGUUGCAGGAUAACCAGCCACAACUGUAUCAACGGUUAUACUCUGAUGAAGUCAUAAGCGCGAACCUCUCAACUCUUUCCGUUUCUGUCCAGGAGCGCGCAGCCAAGGAUGCCGCAAAGAAGGAAGCAAAGGCUGCCGCGGCAGAAGCACGAGAUGCGGAGCGACGGGCGACAUCGAAGGUCCAAAUAAAGCGUGUUGAGCGGAACAAGCGCAAGCAUGUUAGUGUUCUUACGGGUCUCGAGGUUUACGGCCUAGAGAAUAAGAAAGUGGCUAAGGAAUUGGGCAAAAAAUUUGCGACGGGAUCCUCAGUCACGAAGUCCGCUGCUGGAAUUGAGGAGAUUACAGUGCAGGGUGAUGUUUGUGAGGACAUUAAGGAAUGGUUGUUGGAACAAUAUGGAAAAGGAAUUUCCGAGUCUAAUAUUGAGAUUGUCGAGGAUAAGAAGAAGAAGAAAGGGGCUGCUGAACCCUAA